AGCGUCUUGAUCUGGUGCAAUAAAAACACCGUCAUUAAUACAGUUAAUUAAACAAAUGCCAUCUCAUCGUUCCAUACGUUAAUAGUCAGCCCCAGGACUCUGACGACUCUCAUAUCAGGAUCAAAAUGGCCAACUCAAGCAGAGUCGGCGCGCGCUUUAGCCAGGCUUUGCGCCAACAACAAAAGCUCUCAUCAGCGUGCAUCACAACGCGCCACCUGGGAACGGUCUCAUCGUCUAUAUCAUCCUCAUCAUCACAGCAGCAACAACAAAAAACAGACUUCAAAGACCUCCUCUCCCGCCCGACCUGGUCUGUCCGCUCCCUCCUUCCAUCUACCACAACCUCUUCAGAACCUACAAACACAAUAUCCCCCUCCCAACUAACCCACCUACACUCCCUCUCCGCCCUACCCAACCCAACCACUCCUUCCACCCUCGAGUCCCUCACCCGCACCCUCCAGUCCCAGCUCCACUUUGUCCGCGCCAUACAGGCCGUAGACACCACUGGGGUUGCUCCACUAUCCGCCAUCCGGGAUGAGACCGCGGCCGGCCGCAGGGAGCAGACCGUCACGCUCGACCACCUGGCCGAGGUGCUUCAGAGCGAGAGGUCUGUUGGUCGUGCGCGGAGGCCCAGGAGGCUGAGGGUGACUGCCGCCACUACAAAGGGUGCAGAGUCUGGCCGGGUCAGCACAGAUGGUGAGCCGGGCUGGGACGUUCUAGGAGCUGCAAAGCGUCGGGCUGGACAGUAUUUCGUCGUGAAGAGCUCUUCCUCAAAACAGGAAUCUUGAAGGAUAGCAUCGCAUAUGUGAAGAGGAUGGUACCUAAGCAAUUUCUCCACCCAAGAUGCGUUGCCUCCUCAUUUGUAAUAGUUACAUCGACGAAGCCGCGGCGGAACCACAAAGUCACGAAUAAAUGUGAAUUCGUGGUUCAGCAACCAGAGAUACCACAAAUAAUGCAAAGCUUGCCUCCACUGCAUCUCGGUUGUAAAUGCUGUUUGUGCUCCAUUCCAUGCGACGCCCAAUAUAAUGCAACAAAUCCAUUUCCUUUUUUUUUCUUUCCCUCUUUUUUUUUCUUUAUUGUUUUCUUGUUCUUGUUCGUUUUCCACCGUACUGUCUAACCUGUUUCCUAGUUCCUCUUCCUCUUCUUGGAACCUGGAAUUCGAGUCGCCGGCUGUUUCUUUUUGGGUGUGGUUGAAGGCAUCGUUGCACCGUUCUCCUUGGCCAUUGCAGCAUCCUUGGCUGCAGUCUCCUCCCUCUUCUUGGCGGCGAGCUCAUCGUUGUACCUCUGCAUCCGCUUAUCAUAGUCGAUACGGUCCUCCAGAACUCUCAGCUCCUCUUCCUUGGCCACGACAACUGCUCCAUCAAUGUCUUCCCAGCCUAAGUUCUUGAGGAUGGUGCCGACUAGAUACUGGUACCGCAGAUGAUUGGUGAUCAGAGCGCUGGCGUUGACGUUCUCCACGCCGUUCUGCUUGUCGAUGCAUUGUAGGCCGGCUAUGCCGAACUGGACGCAUCCGUGUCGGACCAAGAAGGCCAGCAUGUAGUCGUUCUCAGAGUAGACGUUGAUCAAGCGGCCCGAAACGGCACUUCUGAGAACAGACCAUACUCGACUAUCCGAUGAGACUGGUGCGCCCAUUAUAACGACGUUCUCGACGAUUCCUAGCAUGCGUCGCUCCACCAACGUCAUCAGGCAGUUGUAGAUGACCCGUGCUCCGAGACUGUACCCAACGAGAGUGACACCGCGUUCGCCUUGAACGCGGCUCAUGAGAGCCUCUGCGAGCACUGAGCCUGUUUUAUCUGCCCUCACCAUGCAAGUGCCCCAGAUGUUGUCGACGAUCUUACUGAGCUUGAGCAGAGAAGGUGGCCAUUGCUCUAGCCAGGUCUUGUUGCCGAGGGUGGCGUACACUGUGGCGUUGCUCAGCAUCUGAAAAGCCGUUGAGCCAGUGGAACUACUCCGACGAGCAGCAAAAUCACGUUUUGCUUCCGACCAGGCCUUGCUGCGUGCCACUGUCACCAGCGCCUUGCCCAUGUCGACGAGCGAAUCAGCUUCCCACCGCAGUCCAUAGACUUCACCUUGCGAGCCAAAUACUUCCCAUGUCUCUGACUCGACCAUCUUGCCGGCGCCUCGGGUCCCGUAAAUACCGAAGAGGGUGCCGACCACCAUGUUGUUAUAAGCCAUGGGCCCGAGUAGUCCGUUCGUAGUGGCAGGGCUGAUGCUGGCACCACCGCCUUGGGCCGAACCGAAGCCAGCGGCUGCGAGCGGCGGAAGCAGACCGCCAUUCGUAGUCUCUGACCGCAUUCGCCGCAUGUCCUUCUUUUCAUCCCCCCUCUUGGGAAUCUGUAGAUCCUCAAUGCAGAUCUCAGAAGCAAGGCGGGACAGCCCGUUGGCAACACGUACCUCGUCUCCACCAAGCAUAUGAGGAGGGACCUGCAAAGAUGUGGCAAGGUAAAGCAUCAGGGUUCUCGAAUAAGCCGUAUAGGUGUCGAGAGACAGCAGAAGCAUCAGCAUUGAGUGAAGGAUCAAGCGUCUCUUGGGCAUUGGCAGAGUCGAGAGGGCGGUAACUGCCGGAGCGUAAAGCUGUAGGAGUACAGCGUCCGCAUCUGUGGUUGUGGAGGAUUGCGAAUCUAGGUCUGUUAGUCUUCUGAAGCACGAAAGUGACUGGAUGAGCCUCAUUGAAUACAUGCCAUUGGACUGCUUAAUAGGCCUCAUAACUCCUGGCCCUGCGCCCGCCUUGGCCAUGCUAGGGGCACCCUUAAAGGCGG